AUGGUGGAUGCAGCCACCAUCGCCGUGGUGGCGGUGUGCGCGGUUGUGGCCGUCAUCCUGAUCGUGGCCAUUAUGUUCUACCUCUACACGCUGGGCCGCUUCCGGCGCUCGCUCGAAGAACUGGACGACGCAGAGUCACAGAAGCAGCAGCUCAGCAGGGAGAGCUCGCGCAAGGCCUCAUCCUCGGCAUCCAGACGCGCGUCCACACACGACGUGCGUCGGCCUUCGUACCUUCAGGAUGACAACAGCAACAGCAACACCACCAGUACCACCAACCAGGAGCCUGCACGCCGCAAGAGCACCGCAUGGGACACCCCUGCCAACGCUGAUGGUGCAACAGGCAUCUCCUCGCUCUCGCCCCCAUCGGCAAACAGAAAGGCGAGUUCUGGUGUUGCGGAGUUUCUGGAACCAAUGUCCAGUCGGGACUUUGCUCUCGGCGCCCCGGCCCUUCCAGACCAGGAACGCGAGGUGUUUUCCAAUCCGCUCUUUGGAAUGGACGAGGCAGAGUUUGAGGACGACUCACACAACACCACCAACAGCACCACCAUCAACAACAACAACAACAGCAACAGCAACGCCGCAACCGACAGCAGCCGUCGGGAGAAGCGCAGUGGCAACAUGCUGCAUCGACACGUGACACGAUGGAAACCCGCGGACACGGAUGACUUGGAUGUGCUGUAUGGUGACAAGUAUGUUGGCACAGACCUCCGUCGUGUCAUCCCUGUUGCGGUCGAUUGGGGCGUGGACGACCCAUCCUACUACCCGACAGCAUAUACCGCAGCGUCCGUGCUUGCAGGCAGAGAAUGGGCGGAUCCCGAGGACACGUCCCAGCUCAGAUUCAAUGCCAUUGACGUUGUGAAGGGCAAACGCGUGAACCGCAUUUCGCACCACGGCCAAUACGCCGUUGUCGACGGACUGCCCCUGAAUGUGCGAGGGCGGACGGGCAUCCGUGGCCGCGGCGUGCUCGGGCGGUGGGGGCCAAACCACGCAGCAGACCCCGUUGUCACCAGGUGGGCGUUCACCCCCGAGGGGGAUCCCGUGUACCGCAACGGCAAACGCGUGCUGGAGUUUGUGGCCGUUCGACGCAGAGACAACGCCAUGCUCGCAUUUCCCGGCGGUUUCGUUGAUCCUGGCGAGCGCGUGAGCGAAACGCUGAAGAGGGAAUUCAGCGAAGAGGCACUCAACUCAUUGCAGAUGUCUGAAGCGGAAGUGCGUGCGCUGCGCAGUGCUGUGGACGGGUUGUUUGCUGCCGGCAGCGAGGUGUACCGUGGUUACGUGCACGACGACAGAAACACGGACAACGCAUGGAUUGAGACCACGUGCGUGCUGUAUCAUGACGCAAGCGGGCAUGCGUUGGGGAACUUUGCCCUCAGCGGCGGCGAUGACGCAAUGGAAGCGCACUGGGAGAUGGUCCGCAGUGAUCUCACCAUGCACGCCGGGCACCACAACUGGCUCGCACUCGUUGCGCGCAAGCUUGGCUGCUUCUGGUCUGAGGAGCGCGGUGCCGACGACGUGGAGGUGUCGCUGCCCAUGGCGGCGAGCGGUGCUGCUGCAAUCACCAACGUCAUGUUUGCGCCCUCCAUGCCCGGUGCCGCGAGCGGGCAGGGCGCGGGCGGCACCAGCCUGAACAGAACGCCAACCAACAGCGUGGACAAUUUGUCCACCACCAGCGGGAACGAACAGGCGCGGACGCCCCAGCACAACGUCACGGCGGCAGACCUUGCAAGGUUCACAAAGGGGCAACACAGCCGAGCAAACACGACGUCAUCAGCAACAACACGUGGAGGAACAACAACAACAACAACAACGGCAGCAGCGGCAAGCAAUGUCACUGGUGACGACAGUGGGUUUGAGCGUGUUGGCGGACGCGUUGCUGGCAUGGAGGGCGAUGUUGAUCUGGAGAUGGACGAGUACAACGACACACAGGCCAACAACACCUUACGCCGACAAGACCUCGCUGAUGUGCAUGUGUGGGCCGAGGAGAACCAGGACGCAGUUGAAGAUGUGCAAGCCGUUCUUGAGCAGUACUCAGAUGUCAUUGCCGUGUUCGACGCAAAGUAUCUCGGGCACGUGAAGACGACCAACCCCGGCGGCAACGAGGUGGUGGAGGCGUGCAUCAAGGUUGUGCGGGAAGACAAGUCACGCAUGCAAGGCGUGGUUGAGCUUGAGAUCAGUCCCCGCGGAAUUGUCAUCCAGCGACCGGCGACGAAGGGUGGAGAAUCUGUGGAAAUCUUACGCGAUAUUCCGAUCAAGGCCAUUUCCUUUACGGGCGUGGAUCGCACAUACAAGAAGCUGUUUGCAUUCAUUGCCAACAACAGCGAGGAGGAAGGCAUGCUCUGCCACGUGUUUCAGUGCAAAUCAAAGGCGCAAAACGUUUCGGACACCAUCACAGAGGCGUUUAGAAUUGCGCAAGAGACGCGCAUUGAUCCGUUUGCACUCAAUCGUGACACAACAGACACCUCGCCCGUCGUCACCGGCCUCUUCAAGGAGUCGCAACUGCCACGGGAGCAGCUGAAGGUGAAGAUGAUCAUUGGUCACGGGCAAUACGGAAAAGUCUUCCUCGCAGACCGCAAGCUACCCAGCGCCACUGGUAGCAGUGAUGGCAGCGGCGAUGGUGGGAGCGGUGGUGUACAGCAGGUUGCGGUCAAGCUGAUGCGGCCGCACAUUGCUGUCAAGGACAUGAUUGACUUCCUCGGCGAAGCAGCCAUGAUGAUGAAUUUUGACAACGAGUUCUGCCUGCAGCUGGUGGGCACGUGCGUGAACAAGGCACCCUGGCUCAUCGUCGUCGUCGUGGACUUUAUGCAAUACAAGGACCUCGGCACACUCAUGCGCCAGUGCAACCGCGCUCAGGUCCGCCUCCGCAGCCACGAGCAGUUGACCAUCUUGCAUCAGGUCUCUCGCGGCCUUACCUACCUCAGCAAGCACCGGUUUGUGCACAGGGACGUGGCAGCGCGCAACAUUCUCCUCCACCACGACAAUCAGGUCAAGAUUGGCGACUUUGGACUCACGCGCAAGAUCCCAGACGGACAGAACCACUGGCGACUGGACAAAGCAGGUCGCCUGCCCGUCAAGCACAUGGCCGUCGAAUCCCUCACACUCAAGCGCUUCUCCUCCGCCUCCGACGUCUGGUCGUUCGGCGUGCUUGUGUGGGAGAUACUUGCGUACGGGGCGCCGCCCUGGGAAUCACAGGGCAUUGCGACCAAGGACGUGCGCAAGGCGCUGCUUGCAGGCACGCGCCUCGAGAAACCAGAGUUUGUUGCGUCUGAUGAGUUUCCGACGCCGGAGGAGGAGGAACACGCACGUGACGUGUGGGAUGACAUGUACAUCAUCGCGGCGUCGUGCUGGGCGGCACAGCCGGAAGAAAGGCCCACCUUCCCAGACCUUCGCGACACCAUUGCGCAAGUGCUGGACAACGAGCUCCUCUUCCACGGACCCGCACGCCCCGUGCGUGAUGUUGGCAAGACGUGCUUUGAGGCGCUUGAGCAGCUGAAGAAGCGACGCGGGAAAGCGGGCCGGCGUGGCAGGUCCAUCAUCAAGGGAACAACACCAUCAUCGUCAGCAUCAUCAGCAAAGGCAGCAAAGGCAACAGCGAGAAAGGCGGGGGGAAGAACCAGCGGUUCCACAGCACACAGUGCCAGCUCGGGCGACGAGCAGUAG